UAGAAUUUAAUUUUGUUUUAGGAAAAUCAUACGGAGUCGUAUAUAUGCAAUAAUAAUCUUUUCGCAGAGUGGUUGCAAAACAAAACCCUAAAAGGGUUCUGUGGAACAAUUCGCCGCCAGAAUGAUCUCUUUCUCCCUUCUAUAUCUCAAUCAAUCUUAAUAAUAACUUCAACCCUAUCUCACUCGUCUUCUGACUCUUUUUUCUGAAUACUCUCUUGAAAACCCCCAUUAGUCAUGGCACUGAUAAGCUACACAGAAACAAGCGAACUUUUAUGUUUCUGGGUUGUGUGAUCGCAGAUGGUUUGGAGUUCUCAAACUUUUAUUCAGCAUAAAUGAAUGAACUUUAUUUGAGUUUGUAAUAAAGAUUGGAUUUUUUCGAGGUCAAAGGUUUGAUUUUUUGAGCUCUUCCAUGUGGGUCUUAAUUAGCCCGGGAUUUGGACGGCAAGGUGGUUGGUUUUAAUCUCUGGGUUUGUAGGGUUUGUGGGUAUUGUAGCUUGUGAAUAUGUUAUCUGAAUUGGAUAGGAGGCCAAUGAACGGAACCAGCGAGAACAACUCCUUCGGCGAUGAUUUGGAGAAGGAGAUAGGACUGUUGCUUCGCGAACAGCGCCGGCAAGAAGCCGCCGACGAUCGGGAAAAUGAGCUCAGUCUGUAUAGAAGUGGUUCGGCCCCUCCAACAGUGGAGGGUUCACUGAGUGCAGUCGGCGGACUGUUUAAUCACGGCGGCGGUGCUUCUCGUAAUAACUCUACCCUUCAGGAAUUCGACUGGAAUAGAACUGGCAAUGGCUCCAUAUCGGACGAUGAACUUAGGUCUGAUCCUGCUUACUUGUCUUACUAUUACUCGAAUGUGAAUCUGAACCCUAGGUUGCCUCCUCCACUGUUAUCGAAGGAGGAUUGGCGGUUUACUCAAAGAUUACAAGGUGGGGGGUCCGCCAUUGGGGAUAGAAGGAAGGUUAACAAGAAUGAUGGGAGGUCACUCUUCUCAAUGCCCCCUGGAUUUAAUCCAAAGAAGGCAGAAACAGAGAAUGAUUCUGACAGUUUACAUGCUCCAGUUGAGUGGGGUGGUGAUGGUCUGAUUGGGUUGCCCGGAUUGGGACUGAUUGGUACUAAACAGAAGAGCAUUGCUGAGGUCGUUCAGGAUGAUUUGAGCUGUCCAGCACCUGGACACCAUGUGUUUGAUGAGGGUGGUGAUACAUUGGUUUCAGUUGAAACAGAACUUUCCAAUCUUCAUGGUGAUUAUUCAUCCUCCGACCCUUUAAGGUCUGCAACAAAUGGUCAGGUGGGGCCACCCACAUCUUAUUCAUAUGCUGCUGCUCUGGGGGUAUCAUUGUCAAGGAGCACCACUCCAGAUCCUCAACACAUUGCCAGAGCUCCUAAUCCUAGUGUUACUCCUAUUGGUGCUGGAAGGACCAUAGCAUCAGAAAAAAGAAAUACUAAUAGUCCAAACUCAUUUAAUCGCAUUUCCUCUAAUGGAAACGAACCUGCAGAUCUGGUUGCUCCUUUAUCUAAUUUGAAUCUCUCAAAUGGCGCUCCAAAUAAUGCGAAGAAACAUGCUUUUUUGAACAAAACUGAAACUGGGCAGUAUUUCGCCUCAUCCAAUUGCAACCAGCUUGGUUUACAGUAUGGUGAAACUGGUCCUAAUAGCACUAUAUUUUCUGGUGGUCCCUACCACAAAGGGUCUAUGAACUCUUCCUUCAAUGGGGAAGUUGACUUGCUUCCUCAAUACCCAAACCCAGAUAGCCCAAACUCGUCAUUUUCAAACUACAGAAUGAAUGGGCAUUCUUCCUCAAACCAACUACCCGGUCAACUUGGCAACUAUAAUCUUCCUCCUCUGUUUGAAAAUGCUGCUGCAUCUGCCAUGGCUGUUCCUUCUAUGGAUUCUAGAAUGUUCUCUGGGUCAAAUUUUAACUCUGCUUCUUUUGACCAGAACCAAAUGGAUCCAAUGUAUAUUCAGUACUUGUUACAGGUUGCAGCACUAAAUGAUCCUUCCAUUGAUAGGAACUAUAUGGGUAAUUCAUAUACGGAUUUGCUCCAGAAAGCUUAUGUUGGUAGUAUGUUAUCUCCUCAGAAAUCACAGUAUGGUGUUCCAAUGAGUGGCAAAACUGUUGGUUCCGGCCAUAGUAAUGGAUAUUAUGGAAAUCCUGGAUUUAGGGUUGGUUUAUCUUAUCCUGGAAGUUUGUUGAGUAGUCCUGUCAUCCCAAACUCUCCUGUGGGACCUGGUAGUCCUCUAAGGCAUGGAGAGUAUAAUAUGAGAGUUGGUGGGGGAAUGAGGAACUUCGGUCCAGGUGUGAUUGGACCUUGGAACCUGGAUAACUUGGAAGGCAGUUUUGCAUCUUCUCUUCUAGAAGAGUUCAAGAGCAAUAAAGCUAAAUGCUUUGAGCUAUCAGAGAUUGCAGGCCAUGUUGUUGAAUUCAGUGUGGAUCAGUAUGGGAGCCGAUUUAUUCAACAAAAGUUAGAGACUGCAACUAGCGAUGAGAUUAACAUGGUCUUUCAGGAAAUUAUUCCUCAAGCCCUUACACUGAUGACCGAUGUUUUUGGUAAUUAUGUAAUCCAGAAGUUUUUUGAACAUGGAAUGCCAUCUCAGAGAAGAGAACUAGCCAGCAAGCUCUUUGGGCGUGUGUUAACACUAAGCCUCCAAAUGUAUGGUUGCAGAGUGAUACAAAAGGUAAUAGAGGUGGUAGAUGUAGACCAGAAAAUAAAAAUGGUUGAAGAGAUAGAUGGACAUGUGAUGCGCUGUGUACGUGAUCAGAAUGGGAACCAUGUGAUCCAAAAGUGUAUUGAGUGUGUACCAGAGGAUCAUAUUCAGUUCAUAGUUACAACUUUUUUUGGUCAAGUUGUGACUCUUUCUACCCAUCCAUAUGGUUGUCGUGUGAUACAGAGAGUACUAGAACACUGUAAUGAUCCACAAACCCAAAGUAAGAUGAUGGAAGAAAUAUUAGGGUCGGUAAGCAUGCUAGCACAGGAUCAGUAUGGUAAUUAUGUUAUACAGCAUGUACUGGAGCAUGGGAAGCCACAUGAGAGGUCUGCAAUCAUACAGGAACUAGCUGGAAAGAUUGUGCAGAUGAGCCAGCAGAAGUUUGCCUCCAAUGUUGUUGAGAAAUGUUUGGCUUUUGGUGAUCCCAGUGAAAGACAGCUACUGGUGAAUGAGAUGCUUGGUACAACUGAUGAAAAUGAGCCUCUUCAGGCAAUGAUGAAGGAUCAGUUUGCAAAUUAUGUUGUACAAAAAGUGUUGGAAACCUGUAGUGAUCAGCAGCGAGAAUUGAUCCUUGCACGAAUAAAAGUUCACUUGAAUGCAUUGAAGAAAUACACAUAUGGAAAGCAUAUUGUUGCUCGUGUUGAGAAGCUUGUUGCUGCUGGUGAAAGGAGGAUUGCUGCUCAGACCUCACCAAGUCCAGCUUAGAUCUUUUUAGAGGAUGAACAUUGUACAGCUAACUGAGGCUAGUUUGAGCUCUACCCCUUUCGCUUUUAAUUUCUUGCCAUCUCUCUGGUGAUGCGCUUAAUAAGGUCCCGCCCUUGUGCUAGAAAAAGUGUAUAUUUUGUAGUUUUAAGGUUUAUAUACAUAGAGCGAACGAAGUAAAAAGGAAAGCAGCGCUUCAAUGCUUUUUUCAACGCAGCACUCACCGGUGAGUCGGGGGUUGCCGAGGAAGUUGAUUUUCUACAGGGUGUAAAAAAUAUCAUCAUAAAAGGGGUUGUUGAAGUAGCUUUAUGUAUCGACGUGACUGUACAAAAACGUUUCCUUUGCUGAGAGUUUUGUUGUUUUUAGGUGUGUGCUUUCAAGUUUCCAUGUACUGCUGCUGUAUUUAACAUUUUCUGGUAUGGCAAGUUUGCCUUCAAUCUAUUUUGCUGUAUUUCUUUCCUCAAUUUUUUUACUCCCAAUUCCCAAAGUAGAAUUUAAAUUUA